AUGGCGCUUAGCUCGCUCCCUCGGUUCAUGACAGUCCUGGUCUUGGCGGCUGCCGCGAUCGUGCAGGCGCCGCAGCGUACGCUGGUGGCGGCAGCGACAACGACAACGACAUCCAGUGCCGUGGACGUGUGCGAGGACAGCAACCUUGCUUGUGCCGAGGAUACCGUGUGCUCUGCAUGCAGGGAGACCGCGAGCUCGAAUACGGACGGUUUCCAGCAGUGCAUCGCCAACUACGUCUACUCAGCAUCCAUUUGCACCAACCAAGAUACCGUGUGCUCUGCAUGCAGGGAGACCGCGAGCUCGAAUACGGACGGUUUCGAGCAGUGCAUCGCCAAUUACGUUUAUUCAGCAUCCAUUUGCACCAACCAAGCGGCCCAGGCGUGCUGUCAGGCCGAGGCAUCAUCCACCGACUGCCUCGCGAACAAGUUCUACGUAGCCUACUACGACUGCCGCCUCGUCAACGACGUAGUAGGGGAGGAGUGCACGGGACUGUCAUGCGCAGCCGUGGGGACCUCGGCGCCGACUCCAGUGGGCGGCGUUGUCGACCCCACCAUGUCGCCUACGGUCGUGGAUGACGACCCUACGGCAGUGGAUGCCGACUGGGCGGCGCGAACGGUGCCUCUUGGAGUCAAGAACACCGCUGUCGCCGCUGUGUUUGCGACGGCCGGGCUUUUGGUGGCGCUGCCUGCUGCCCUGAUCUAGUUUGAGAGCGUGUGCACACGCUUAUUAGUAUUGGUCCUUUCGCGUUUUGUGUGGGUACCCCCAUUGGUAGACUUGUUUCGGCAAAAAAAGAAGAUCAUUUGGUGCCUCUUGACGCUUUUUUGUAUGCCUCGUUGUUGUCAUGUUGGAGUUUUCAGCCCCGAUUCGUUUGUCUUGGCAUCUGCGGCAACUGUUACAGUAUUUGUCUUUUGCGUUUUUUUGUGUGGGCACCCUCGUUGUUCGACUUGUUGGGGAAAGAAAAAAAAAUGGAAUUUUGGUGCCUUUGACGCUUUUCGUAUGCCUCGUUGUCGUCGGCAGGGCUUAGCAGCUAGGGCAACUGACUGUAGUGUACCAACAGAUUGUUGCUUGAGAGCAAUCCCUUUUUUUUGUUGUUGUGUGCAACGAGUCUUUCGUUCCGAAAGGAGCAGCAUUGGAGCAAGAGGCUCUUACAGUCGCUUGGGCUGCUCUGUUUUUUGUCUUGGCCAAUCAACCGCGUCACUUUGAGGUCGGUGAUUUUCACGCCCGCGGUAGGUUUGAGCAUCACUGUCGACGAGCCUUUCCCCCUACGCCUUGGCACGGGACGGACAGUGUUCGUACUCUCCUGGCACUUAUAUGGGUUUCACGCUUACCUUGGGUAUGAAUAGGAGGGAUGAACUUUGGGCAACGCUAGAGGGCCUGAGUGGAGGCUGAUAGUGCCGAGCGUUAUGGGUGUGAGCGUGUGCGGCUACCUUUGGGUGCUGUGUGAUUAUCUGUCUCCUCCUUAUCGUGUUGAACAGCAGCGUGGUUCUUAAACCACCCCUUUGGGGACGCUGUGGGUGCGGAGGAUUGUUAAAGUACAUCGCGCGCCAAGUCGCGCGUAUGCCUUGCUUGGAAGAUCGUAGGUGCUCCAGCAGCCAACGGGGGUUCAGAGCUGCUGCUGCUGCUCUCUUUGUGUGCGUUUGUGUCAAAAACUGUCCCUUGCUCCGCUUGAUUCCAGUUAUUCCAUCCACUUUAUCGUAAUCGCAUGAACCCGAGUUGAUCAAGUCCCAAAUUUAGCAAGUCCAAAUUUUAGUAGUGCAUUUUGUGGAUGGCAUACACAAGGUGAAGGUUGUGUGUGUAGCGGGGGGUUCGCCCCGUCCCCUUAGGAAAACGCUGACGGACGCCAGCACGUUCCUCUGAGAAGCAAUGGCGAAGUGUCUGCUUGGUUGUAGUUUACCAUCCGUGCGUCGUGUUGACGUGGUCAGUUCGUUGUGUA